UUUAACCCAGGGCGAUCAUAAUUGGGAAAGCUGUCUGGGAAAAGUGUAUUUUUAAUGCGCGGUUUGAUGACGUAAUGUUGGUUGUCAAACGCGAAAUGGCGAGCAUGCUAGGAGGCCCCGUAACUUCAGCACUCUGGGGUUGUAGCAGGUUUAUUUACUUCUUGUUGUACUAUGAAAAGGUCUACAUAUUUAAAUGCAACCCUGGCAAAGAAGACUCAGGUGAAUGAUGGCGGCGGAGGCAGAGAUGGAUGGGAGCAAUGAAUACCCAGCACAUUACAAAGUCAUGAUGGAUAAACUGAAUGAGCAGCGUCAACUGGACCAGUUCACAGACAUUACUUUGAUUGUGGAUGGACAUCAGUUCAGAGCCCAUAAAGCAGUGUUAGCAGCAUGCAGUCAGUUUUUUCACAAGUUCUUCCAGGAUUUUACCCAGGAACCUCUUGUAGAGAUAGAAGGCGUGAGCAACACAGCUUUUCGCCAGUUGAUGGAGUUCACAUACACCGCCACAUUAGCUUUAACUGGAGAAGAGGAGGCAUUCGACGUGUGGAAGGCAGCUGAAUACCUCCAGAUGCAUGAAGCAAUAAAGGCGCUUAAUAGGAUUAAUGAGAAACCCUCAUUGUCUGCGAAAAACAAAGGUAAAAAGAGGAAGAUUGCUGAAACGUCUAACGUGAUUACUGAAACCUUACCGUCCGUGGAAGGGGAACAGGUGGAGAUUGAAGUAAUAGGGGAAAGUGCCAUUGAGGUGGAGGAGUCAGGACUGGAAGAGGUGGUUGCUGCAGCAAAGAAUGCUCAGUCCGCGUCAGAUGACUCUGCUUUGGCUCUUCUUGCUGAUAUAACAAGCAAAUAUCAGCAAGAGGAACCCACAGUACAGCAGGAAGUUGUUUAUCAGGAGGAAACUGUGUCUGCUUCGAAAGUGCUGGAGAACGUUGAGGUCGUCGAGGUCCAGAUUUCUCAAGUGGACAACAUGUUUCGCUGCAACAAGUGUGACCGUAGCUUCAAGCUGUACUAUCACCUCAAACAACACCUAAAGACGCACCUGGGCUCACUGGACAAGCCACAUGUGUGCAGCCACUGUGGCAAAGCCUACACACGGGAGGCCGCCUUGAAGCAGCACGUCAGCACGUUUCAUUUUGAAGCAGAAGAGCAAGCUCAAAAUAACAAACCCCAAAAGAAAGUGCAUGUUUGUGAAUACUGUAAGAAGCAAUUUGAUCACUUUGGCCACUUUAAAGAGCACUUACGGAAACACACUGGUGAAAAACCUUAUGAAUGUCCAGAUUGUCAUGAGCGAUUUGCAAGGAACAGCACGCUGAAGUGCCAUAUGGCAGCCUGUCAGAAUGGGGCCGGAGCCAAGAAGGGACGCAAGAAACUCUAUGAAUGCCAGGUCUGCAGCAGUGUAUUCAACAGCUGGGAGCAGUUUAAAGACCAUCUUGUAAGCCACACGGGAGACAAGCCCAAUCACUGUACCAUGUGUGACUUGUGGUUCACUCACCCCAAAGACCUAAAUGCACACCUCAAAGACAUUCAUUCUGUUGAGGACAAAUCACCCGAAGAACUGCUCAUUACUGACUCUUCUACCACCGCCACCCUCCCCAUAGCAACACAGGGCAUAGAUUGUACUGAAACAGUCCUGUUGGAUGAUGGACUUCAAGUCGAACACGUCAAAGUGGAGCCUGUAGAAGUGAUGGAGAUGGAGGAGACGACAACAGUUGUGGUUGAGGAGGGGAGCGUGGCGGAGAUGUGCGAGGAGGACGUGGAGAGGUUAAAGCAGGCUGGAGUGGAGAUUCAGGUCGUGCAUGUGACCACAACUGAGGUCGAUGGGCAGCAUGUGGUGAACUCUCAGGUGGAGGUAGAGUUGCAGGGGGAGAUCGUGAACAUGGAGGAAGCAGAUCAAGCAGUGGUUGUAUGAGAGACUCUUGAGAGACUCCUGAUUAGCUGCAUUUUCUGUAGCUGCCAUCUUGUCUUUUAUACAGAACAUUGCAUGUUGGCAUUGUCACCUCAACGUUUCAGCUAUUUAGCCACCAUAUUGACAGACUGUGACUGAGUGACUUCUGGAAAGAAAUAAUGUUUUUUUUGCGUAUGAUUGUAUUUAUUUUAAAGCUGUUUGCCAUUAUGUAUAACAAUGUUUCAAUUAGUUUCGUGCAUUCACUUUUUUUCUUUUCGCCUUUACUUUACCUCAGUUUUUCACCUUGGUCUUUUUUGGUCUAUGAGACAAUUUAACAAUAAAUGAAGCAUUCUCAUUGCAGCUUAUAUAACAGCUGUUAUAUGGUGCUACUGCUGCAGUUUUGAUUAAGCGUUUUGUUACAUUGGUAUUUAAUGUUUUUUGUAAGAAAAUCCCAGCUAUGGAAUGAAAUAAAAUUCCAGAAUGGGGAACACGA